UAAUAGGGAAAAAAAGUGUUCCCAUUGCAUGUUCCAUGUAUUAUUUAAACAUGUUACUAAGCCAAAGUUUUAUGCACUUGCAUAAGUUAGGAAACUCAAGGCAAUCAAAAAUGGAAGCUUUAGAUCGGACUCCCAAUGUAAGCACAACAUUUGAAGUGAACUUCACCAGAAAAUAUACAGUCAAAGCUAUCAAUAACCCUUUGAACAAUCAAGAUUAUGUCCUCCCUCUCUCAAACUUAGACUUACUUUCUGGUCGUUUUCCAGUUAGCUACUUCUAUUUCUACCGGAAUUCACUACUUCCCAAUGAUUUUGAACCUAUAAUUGACACCCUAAAGACCUCUCUUUCUGUCAUCCUGAGUUACUACUACCCCUUUGCCGGUCGAAUUGUUCAAAACCCAAAAACCAAUGAGCCUGAAAUCAUCUGUGACAAUACUGGUGCUCUUGUUGUGGAAGCCAAUGCUAAUGUCCCUCUAAAAGAACUAAAUUUCUACAAUCUUGACAAAACUCUUGGUGGAAAGCUAGUCUCAAUCAACCAUCCUGUUUUCCCUAUGCAAGUCCAAGUUACACAUUUUACUUGUGGAGGAAUUUCAAUCACAUUCACUUUUGAUCAUGCACUUGGAGAUGCAAGUUCGUUUGGUAAGCUUCUUGGUUCUUGGUCACAAAUAGCUCAGAACAAGCCCAUUUCAUGCAUACCAGAUCAUGGCAGAAUAAAGCUUUGUGCUCGUUUCCCACCUUCCUAUCACCCUUCUUUGGACCAACAGUUUACCAAGUGCACCAUGGAAGAGAUCAUGAAUAUCCCAACACCCAAAAUCUUGAUAAAGCGUCUCUAUUUCAUUGAUGAGUCCAGCAUUAAUUGGCUGCAAAGUCUUGCUUGUAAGGAUGGAAAGAGGAGAACAAAAAUUGAGGCUUUCUCAGCCUAUAUAUGGAAAAUCAUGGUCAGAGCCAUUGGUGAAAACCAUGAAAGAUGCAAGAUGGGUUGGUUGGUCGAUGGACGUGGAAGAAUGUAUAAAGAUGAUGAUAAAAACUCCAUGUCCAAUUACAUAGGAAAUGUAUUGUCUUUGGCUUUCUGUGAGGCAGCCAUUGAAGACUUAAAGCAAGGUUCUGUUUCAGAUAUUGCCAAUAAGGUCCAUGAGGCAAUCUCAAAGGUGGCCAAUAAUGAUCAUUUCUUGGAUUUGAUUGAUUGGGUCGAGUGCCACAGGCCCGGUUUGAUGCUAUCAAAGGUUGUACUGGGCCGAGGAGGACCGGCCCUAGUUCUUUCUUCAAGUCGAAGGUUUCCGGUUGCUGAAUUGGACUUUGGAUUUGGGAGUCCAGUGCUUGGAACAGUGUGUUCAACCGUGGAAAAAAUUGGAGUUGCUUAUUUGAAUCAAAGGCCCAGUGCAACUGGUAAUGGAUCAUGGACUGUAUCCGCCAUGCUAUGGCCCGAACUUGCAUCAGCGUUGGAGGCCGAUUCGAUUUUUCAGCCCAUGACAGCUAGUCAUCUUCAACUUUAGUACUAUGUAUAAAUUAUAGUAUCGCUUUGAUGACAGACUUGAAAAUGUCGUAUUUAGAGUUUUU